GUCUGGGACCACUGCAAGGGGUGCCACAGCAGUGCCUGGUAGCGUGGGCUGGGUCUUUGUCGCCAAAACAGAGAAGCCACUUCUCCUGGGCCCACGAGGCAGCUGUCCCAUGCUCUGCUGAGCACGGUGCCAUGCCUCUGCAACUCCUCCUGCUGCUGACCCUGCUGGGCCCUGGCAGCAGCCUCCCGCCAUGGGAGACCUGGAAGGGUGGAGCCAAGGAGGCCCCAGGCCCCCUGCUUGCCCGGGGCCGGAGACAGGUGGCCACAGAAGACUUAGACCCGAACUAUGAUUACGGAGGCACGGACCCCCCAGAAAUGCUUGAACAUAGCACAUGGACUGUGCUCCUGAGCCUCAAGCAGAGGGAUUCUUCAGGGCCUAGUACUCCUGAGCCAGCCACUCUGGAGGGAACCACAGGGCACUCUGCUCGCCUGGAUACAGAAGGGGCAGCUAUUGGGAAUCUGAGCACAGAAUCGGCCACACAGGGGAUUCCUGUCACACUGGGUCCUCUGACCAAAGAACUGGUCACUACAAUCCCUCCCAUCAUGGAGGCUCCAUCCACAGAAGCUCCAUCCACGGAGCUGGCUACCAUCAAGGACCUGUCCACGGGGCCACCAGCCAUGGAGGCACUGACCACACAACCAGCCGCCACGGAGGCACUGACCACACAACCAGCAGCCACGGAGGCACUGACCACGCAACCCGCAGCCACGGAGGCACUGACCACGCAACCAGCAGCCACGGAGGCACUGACCACACAACCCACAGCCACGGAGGCACUGACUAUGAAAUCCACUGUUAUGGAGGCUCCGUCCAUGGGACCAGCAGUCAUAGAGACCCUGUCCACAGAGCCGGCUGCCACAGCAGACCCUACCACGGAGCCCACUGCCACAGAGGCCAUGUCCACAGAUCCAGCCACCACGAAGGACCCAUCCAUACAACCUGCUACCACAAGGGACCUAACCACAGCCCUUCUUGUGCCCUCUGAUCCUCACAGGGGAACCACCGUGUCAGCUAGCAAUUCCUCUAAUGGCUUCAUUUACCAACGGAAAAACAGCCAGGGUCUUUCUCCCCAGAGCUCUGUGGCCCCCAGCCCCACAGGGAGUCUGGAUUACAUCCCGGUGAAGCAGUGCUUGCUGGCCAUCCUCAUUCUGGCACUGGUGGCCACCAUCUUUCUUGUAUGUACCGUGGUGCUGGCUGUCCGCCUCUCCCGCAAGAACCACAUGUACCCUGUGCGCAAUUACUCGCCCACGGAGAUGGUCUGCAUCUCAUCCCUACUGCCUGAGGGGAGUGAGGGGCCCACAGCUACAGCCAAUGGGAGCCUGCCUACCAAGGGCCAGGGCCUAAAGGUGGGGCCCGGGAAGGACCGUGAGGGGGAUGACCUCACCCUGCAUAGCUUCCUCCCUUAGCUCCCCCCGCCCAAACUCUUAAGCAGGACCCCUGGCCUCCUUGCUCCCUCUGCAGCCCACCAGGCCACCACUGAGCACCCAGGCUCUAUUCCACAAGUCUGGGCUUCGUUGGAGCCCCCUGGAGAUGGGGAUCUUUAGGGCAGGGCCCGCAGCUGCUCCAACAGGACCAAGAGCAGCCAAGGUUCCUCCUUCCUCCUGGCCAUUGGAAUCUUGUUCCCAUGAACCCAGGAGGACUCAGGGUUUCCUGCCCCACUUCACUGUCAUUGUCUUCUGGUUGCCAUGGACACCAUGCAUUUUUUGAGAUGAGUAUGUUCUAGAGGCCAUUUCCUGCUACUACCCAACUGGAGGCAGCUUGGGUUUUCUUGGAUACCUCUCUGGGGAGCUCAGGGUGAGGGCUCACUGUGAGGGCUGGGUCAGGUGUGGAGAGCCCGAGGUUACACCCUUCUUUGAGACUCUGUGGAUUAAAGCUUCCUUCUGGUGACAGAGUAACCCCGAUCCUGCCCUCUCUUGCCUUCCUCUGUGUCAGUGUUGUAGGAUGGGCUCUGUCUUGUUCACUGAAGUAUCCCACUGCCCAGCCCAGGGCCCAGUA